AUGAAAUCAAAACAAUAUGUUUCGUUGAAUUUAGAUUCGGAUGAAUACAAGAAAUAGAUAAAAUUAUUAGAAGAGAUGAAUGUAAGUCACAAACUAAUAAGUAGGAGAAAUUGACUUAGGAGAAUUGCGAUUUAAUACGUGAAAUAACACAAUAUCAAAUACAAUUAGGGGAGAAGGAUUCAUAAAUUGAUUACUUGAGAAAAGAAAAUGGAACUUUGAAAUUUGAAUUGAAAGUAUAUAAGUUAAAAAUCAAAGUUAGCUUUGAAAAAAGAAGACUUAUAUAGUACAGUAACGUUAGAUCGAUACAAGAAGUCAUUUUCAACAAUUUAGCCUUAAAGUACUUCAGAUUUAUUUCAAUAUAGGGAAACGUAUAUUUGA